CCACAAGUUCCAAUGAAUCCAGGUAAACAUUUGCUUUUGGGGAGAUGUAAAGGUGGUCUGAAGACUGCCAGACGAGGCUGGAGAACUACUCAAGCCAUCACUAAACAACUGAGGGUCUGAAUUAUGAAAACAACUAUGGCACAUCGUAAGUCCCUGUUGGUACUGUCGCUUAUAUUAGCCUUCUGGAUCAGUUUUACAGUUUUCCACAACUCCAGAGAGAAAUGGACUGCACUCAAGUGGCCUGACUCCCUCCCUCACUGGAAUUUUAUUGGGAAGCCCUUGUGCACUGAAGCACCACAGUGUCCAAUAGUUUCUGCAGCAGAGACUGACCUGAAAAUCAGGAAGAUCCUGGAGAAACUGGACCAGCUGAUCCCACUCAGACCCUUCACCUACAUGAACACCACUACCAGUGCCAAACAUAGCAAAGCUACCAUCCUCAACCCUCAAGAUACAUACUGCCAGGGGGACCAGCUGGAUGUCCUGCUGAAGAUGAGGGACCACCUAGGACAGAGGAAGAAAUAUGGCGGGGACUUCCUGAGGGCCAGAAUGUCCUCUCCAGACCUGAAAGCAGGUGCAUCAGGGAAUGUGACAGACUUCAAUAAUGGCACUUACCUUGUCAGCUUCACUCUGUUCUGGGAGGGCCAGGUCUCCCUGUCUGUGCUGCUCAUGCACCCCAGUGAAGGGGCAUCAGCUCUCUGGAGGGCAAGAAACCAAGGCUAUGACAGGGUGAUCUUCACAGGCCAGUUUGUCAAUGGCACUUCCCAGGUCAAUACUGAUUGUGCUCUGGCUUUAAACUCAAGUGCUGAACUGUGCAGAUACCUGAAUGCUGAAGACCAAGAAGCUUUCUACUGUGUGAGACCUCCACAUAUUUCCUGUGCUGCACUUACCCACAUGCAUUCCAAGAACAAGGACGUUUCCUAUCUUACCCAACAAGAGAGAACCCUCUUUGAAAGGUCAAAUGUGGGUGUGGAGAUUAUGGAAAAUUCCAAUGUCAUUCAUGUUACAAAAUGCAACACAAAAACAAUCCCGAUGAAAGAGAAAUGCAAGCCUGGAAUGCUAUCCACAAUCCCCAGUGGACAUGUCUGGAAAUACACAUGGAAUCCUGUCUCCUGCAGUUUGACUGCAGUCGAAAUGAAAGACUGCCUGAGAGGAAAACUCGUAUAUCUAGUGGGAGAUUCCACGAUUCGCCAGUGGAUAGAAUACUUCAAAACCAGUAUCAACACACUGAAGUCAGUAGAUCUACAUGAAUCUGGAAAACUGCAACACCAAUUUGCUGUGGACUUGGAUAGGAAUAUUAACAUCCAAUGGCAAAAACAUGGUUACCCUUUGAUUGGCUCAAUGGUCUAUUCAGUCAAAGAGAUUGAGUACAUUGCCCGGGCCAUUGACAGAACUGGAGGAGAUAAAAAUACUGUCAUUGUAAUUUCUCUGGGGCAGCAUUUCAGACCCUUUCCCCUUGAUGUCUUCAUCCGAAGGGCCCUCGGUGUCCACAAAGCUGUUCAGCGUCUUCUUCUGAGAAGCCCUGAUACUAUGGUUAUCAUCAAGACAGAAAACACCAGGGAGAUGCACAGUGAUGUGGAAAGAUUUAGUGACUUUCAUGGUUACAUUCAAUAUCUUGUUAUAAAGGACAUUUUCCAGGAUCUCAAUGUGGGUAUUAUUGAUGCCUGGGAUAUAACAAUUGCAUAUGGCUCAAAUGAAGUCCAUCCACCUCAAUAUGUUAUUAGAAGUCAAAUCAAUAUAUUCUUAAACUAUAUUUGCUAGCUUGCACAUAUCUCUGAAAAUCAUUCAUUUAAUUAAAAAAGAUUUGUUAAGUGUGUGCUAGGAUACCAGGUGCUGAGUUGCUCUAACUCCCUUUUACACUGAGAAGAUUGUCUGCACUAUGGCUGAUAUGGAUCUAGCAGUUGUGCCAGGUAAGGUAUAUUUAAUCUAAACUUCCACUAAAAAAAUGAAACCAAGAAUAGUCAUGAAAAGGUCCUAUACUUCCAGACAGAGCCAGGCAGUUCUUCAUCAAUGUAAUCUAUGAUACCUAUGGGUAAAACUUCUUUUCUCUAAUGCUUCAAAAUUCAGAGCAAUAAAAUAGUUGUUAAAUAAAUAUAUGGAAAAAGCAGUCUCAUUUCCUUAUUUUAUUACUAUAGACAGGCUCAAGAUGGUUUCCAAAUGAGAAGAGAGGUCUGUAUGGACAGAGGAGAAGCAAAAUUCUAAGCAAGGACCCUGGUUCCAGAAACCUCUGACUUUCCUUUCCCAGUUAGGAGCUCUCAUUGCUAUUCUAUAAA